AUGCGUGUUAGUGAGCAACGCUAUGUACCAAAGAAAAAGGUUCGGGAGCCCUAUUCUAAGCAAGAAUUAGUCGGUAGAGGUGCUUAUGGUUCUGUUUAUAAGGGUAUUAAUAACGACACAAACCAAGUUGUGGCCAUAAAAGUGCUAAACUUAGAUACUGAAGAAGACGACGUUGGGGAUAUCAUAAAAGAAAUCAACUUGCUUUCAUUACUUAACAGUGAAUCGCAAAAUAUUACUAGAUAUUAUGGAAGUUUCCUUCAUGGUACAAAGCUAUGGAUUAUUAUGGAAUAUGCAGCUGGCGGAAGCAUCAGAACUUUGUUGAAAGCUGGAGCAAUAGAAGAAAAAUAUAUAUCUAUUAUUACGAGAGAGGUUUUACUAGCAAUAAGUUAUUUGCAUAAGUGUAAAAUUAUACAUCGGGAUAUAAAAGCGGCGAACAUUUUACUAACGGCCGAAGGAAAAGUACAACUUUGCGAUUUUGGCGUCGCUGGACAGUUGACUGCCUCAAAUGCCAAACGUACAUCGUUUGUUGGCACUCCAUAUUGGAUGGCACCUGAAGUAAUCACCGAAGGUGCUGCAUAUGAUACAAAGGCUGAUAUAUGGUCUUUAGGUAUUACCGUAUAUGAAAUCACAACCGGUAACCCACCAUAUCAUGAUCAGAGUGCAAUGAGAGCCAUUCAGCUUAUUCCUAAGAAUAGACCGGCUACGCUUGAAGGUCCUUAUUCUGCACCAUUAAAAGAGUUUGUAGCCAUUUGUCUCAAUGAAAUAUCUGAAGAUCGUCCAACAGCAGAUGAAUUGAUGAAAAAUAAACUCAUAAAGAGUUCUUCAAAGUAUCCGAAUGGAAUAUUGCGUGAUCUUAUUGCACGAUUUGAGCAAUGGAAACAGACAACUGGCUAUCGUCAGUCUUUUUCGGAUCCGUAUGGAACCCCAUCGAGUGAAAGCGACUCUUACGAUUUUGAAGAUGGUCAAAAAGAAGAAGAGGAUGCUUGGGUAUUUGAUACAGUGCAAAAUACUGUAACGCAUCGCAAAUCGCGUUCUCUAGGAUCAUUACAUAAUAACGGUUCGGACCAAUUAUCUCCUGUUAUCGAGGAUGAGGAACAUAUGGGUUUAACGAUAGAAAAUCAAUUAAAAUCUCAAGAAAAUGAAGAUGUAGAUCGGACCGUUUUACCCAGAGACAAUACCGUCAGAUAUGGGCGAAUCCUUACUGAUGGGCUUCUAUCUCCAUCCACUCCGAUGUUUCAACGUAAAUAUUCGGAGUCUCAUCAUCCAUUACUUCAACUUUUUCAAAACGAAGAAAAAACACAAUUUGACAAUAUUUCGAAAGAAUCUUCACCAGCAGGUAGUUUUCGCAAUCCAACAAUAACUAUACCGCCUAUGAAUAUUAUGUCCCUGAUGCCACGAGUGGAAGAUUCACCUUCAGUAUCGAAGGAAAAUUUUCAGUCUCAGAAUAUAAACACAAAAUCAAAGGAUGAUGGACUGGAAAACAAAACAUCUCUAUCCACGCCAGAUUUAUCUACUACCUCUUCAGAUUCAUCAUUUACCCGGAUCGAUACAUCAACACCAAUUGAGAUUGUCGUUCCUGCUGCUAAUUCACAAAUAACAUCAGAUUCGGUCCCAAAAGCUACUCCAUCCUCUCAACUGGAGCCUAAUGGUCUUUUAUCGCCCACUUCUAUAUCUGUUACAAAGCACAUUCCGAAAAGAGAAGAAAGUGGCUACUUCUCAAUUAAUCAUGAACAAUUAAACAACUCAUCAGAAAAUAAAAUAUCUAAUUUUUCACUAAGUGGUCAAGGAAAAAUAUAUCAUCCGCAGCUAGCGCGUCGUGCAAGGUCUGCAACGACGUUAAAUGCAAAUCGUCAAACGAAUGAGGAUCCAGCUAUAAUUAAGUCUAGGCAUCAGCAAAAAGAUAGUAAGGGCAGUGAUAUAGAGAUAGGCAGUAAAUUCGGCAGCAAUUUAGGAGUAGGCAUACCUAGACAGCGAGCUAUUAGUAUAAGCAAUCUACAGAGACCUUCAAAAUCAAAACUAUCACUUGUUGAAGAUACUUCAUCAUCACAUUUGUUGCCACCAUCCCCGUCUACUGCCAAAUUUCUCAAUAAUUCAACUUUACCUUCUCAAGGAUCACCUACGCGGUCAAUAUUUUCCAAUCAAUCAUCAGUAAUAUUAAAUACUGGACCUGAGCUUCGUCCAUUAAAGAUGGAUAAUUAUCGUGGUGUUAGUGAAGUUUAUGAGGAUCUAACAAAAACUACAGAUGAUCUUUUACAAUGGAUGACACUUUUGGAAGCUG